ACAUUCGCUUAGUCAAUUUGAAAAGGUAUGAGUGGCGUCGAGUUUUUAGUUAAAACAUUUACACCAAAUGGGCGUCGUCGCCGUCGUCGCGUUGAAGACCAGGAUCGUAAACUUGAACUGCCGGGUUACGGUCAAUGUCGAACCGAAACGGUUGCCCCCUAUUGGAACGCGGCCCCUCCCAUUACACCCCCCGCUGCUUUUUUGCCCCCCGGAUACAAGAAGAAAAGUGUCGAGCCCAAAAAAGAUAAGACUGAUGGCGCGAAGACGCACAAUGGUGCGGUUUCUCCAAAUGGAGAACCACCACCAACUACGAUGUACUCGUCUGGCUGUGGAGGAGAACCAACACCGGCGAAAAUCGAACGCCCCAAUUCUUUAGGACCUGGAAAGCUUACCAGACGGUUACUUUGUUACCAUAGCGAACACUUUGCCGAGGGCCAUUUGGGUCCGCCCGGAAGUACGCCCCCGCCUCAAGAACGAAUCUGUCACCCGCAUCCAUCAACUUUACCUCUACCAAGUAUGCCGCACUCAGGAUUUAUGCUUUCAGAACUACCGGAACCUCCGAUUCCCGUUUCCGAAAUCGGCCCGAUCCCCCCGCCUCCAAUGUUUAGUUCUCCAAGUCCAACACCUCUUAGGCAGCAAACUCCGUUACCCCCCGAAAUGGUAGACUAUGAUUCGGAAGAUCAAGACGACGAACACGACGAUAUCGACGGUGAGGAUGACGACGACCAGUGCUUGUAUAGAAUGCCUCAGCCCGACCCGACUGUCGACACGAGUAGGGUAGAAGAGAUCCCCGCGAAAGAACCACGUUUCAACGCGAUGCCGUUAAAAUCCGCUUUGAAGAAAAAAGGUUACGGCGGUACCCCUCAAAAUACUCCAACCCAAGAAAAUCGACCUCUCACCGUUAAACAUGCCCAAAUUGAUACUUCCAGUUUUAACAGGAGGCCACCUUUGCGGCCUCGGAUUAGGAUCUGUACAAAACCGGUUAAGUUCGCAAUUGGGCUGCCUUGUACCUUGGAGAAUAAGGAGAACGCCAGACCUUACGUAAUCAGGGAAGAUGACGACUCGGGCGACGGUCCCGUUUUAUAUCGCGACGAUGAGGGCAAUUUGUCGGACGAAACUCGUUUGGCUUUGAAAGUUGCGCGAAAAGAAAGCCUUUCGCUGAAAUUGUCCCUAAGACCGGAUAGGCAAGAUUUAAUCAAUAGAAAUAUACUCCAAAUACAGAGCGAGAAUGAGCGGCAAGAGAGCAAGGAGGCGAUCGGCGCUCGACUCAUCAGACGGUUGAGUAUGAGGCCGACUCAGGAGGAAUUAGAGGAACGCAAUAUAUUAAAGAGGCAAAGUCCGGCCGAGGAGAAGAAGCAGAAGGAAGAAAAGAAACGUUUUCUAUUGCGCAAGUUGAGCUUUAGGCCGACGGUUGAGGAACUGAAGGAGAAGAAGAUCAUACGCUUUAACGAUUAUAUAGAAGUAACUCAGGCGCAUGAUUAUGAUCGAAGGGCCGAUAAACCAUGGACGAGGUUAACUCCGAAAGAUAAGGCAGCGAUUAGGAAAGAGCUCAAUGAAUUUAAAAGCUCAGAAAUGGCUGUUCACGAAGACAGUCGUCAUUUAACCAGAUUUCAUAGGCCUUGACAGUUGCAAGGAACAUUAGAAAAAAUAAAGCUACAUACUGUGAUGGGCUUAGUUGUAGAGUUCAAUAUUUCCAUUUUCAUUUUUGAUUGGGUCACGAUACCUGCCAAGUUUAUACACAGAUAUUGUAUACACUUGUUAGUAACUCUGUAAUUGUUUUGUACAUAAUGUGAUUUUUUAUUAUAGGAAGCAAUGGAAAUUACAUAUUUAACUGUAAAUCUUUUAUGUUA